GUCUGCUCAGUUGACAAACACAUCCCCCCAGGUGUGUUUUGGCUGAACUCGAGAUGAGAGUGAAAGUAAAACUAAACAUGUGUGACUCGUGUGACUAAUUCCUGAACUAUGUACUAAGAGAGACCGGGCGUAGCUUCGUCUGUAAAAUGGCAGCUAAAGCUUUGUUUCUGGAAGAGGAGCUCUGCUGUUCUGUGUGCUGUGAUAUCUUCAAGGAUCCUGUAGUCCUGGGGUGCAGCCACAGUUUCUGUAACAUCUGUCUGCAGCGGUGCUGGGAGGAGAAGUCGUCUCGGGAGUGUCCCAUCUGCAGGAGGAAGUCUCUAUCCAAGCCCACGGUCAGCCUGGUUCUGAAAAACAUUGUGGAGUCCUACUUAAAACAGAAGGCUGAAGUUCGUUGCUGCAUUCAUGGAGAGAGGCUUCUGCUCUUCUGUGAGGACGAUGAGGAGCCUCUCUGCGUUGUGUGUCAGACUUCCAAAACACACAGAAACCACAAGCUCUGUCCUGUGGAAGAGGCUGCUCUGGAUGUGAAGAAGGAACUCAAGGCUGCCCUGAAUCCUCUCAAAGAAAAGCUGGAGAGAUUUGCCAGAGUUAAAAAAGAGUAUGAGAAAACAGCAGAACACAUCAAGAGUCAGGCCCAGCACACAGAGAGGCAGGUAAAGGCAGAGUUUGAGAAGCUGCACCGGUUCCUGCGAGAUGAAGAGGAGGCCAGACUAGCUGCACUGAGGGAGGAGGUGGAGCAGAAAAAUCAGACAAUGAGAGAGAAGAUUGAUAAGAUCACGAGAGACUUCUCCACCCUCUCAGACAAAGUCACAGCCAUAGAGAAGGCUAUUGCAAGUGAAGAUGUCUCCCUCUUAAAGACCUGCAAGAAUGUCAAGCGAAGAGCCCAGUGCACACUGCAGGAUCCAGUGCCACUUUCAAUUACACUAAUUGAUGUGGCCAAACACCUGGGCAAUCUGAGGUUCAGAGUCUGGGAGAAGAUGGUGGAGAUGGUGCAGUACAGCCCUGUGAUUCUGGACCCCAACACUACAGCCCCUUGGCUCUCUCUGUCCGAUGAUCUUACCAGUGUGAGAAAUACCGGAGUCAUUCAGCAGGUUCCUGACAACCCAGAGAGGUUUAAUCCCUGCGUGGAUGUGCUGGGCUCUGAGGGAUAUACCUCGGGGAAACACAGCUGGGAGGUGGCUGUGGGGAACAAGCCUGAGUGGACGAUUGGAGUGGUGAGGGAGUCCGUGAACCGGAAGGGAGAGAUUACAUGUGACUCACUGAGAGGAUUCUGGGUUCUUACUCUGCGGAACGGUGACGUAUAUGGAGCAGAGGGAGUGACACCACUCAUGAUGAAGAGGAAACCGCUGCGGAUCAGAGUGGAGCUGGACUAUGACGGCGGACAAGUGUCCUUCAUCGACCCCACCGACAUGUCAAACAUCUAUACUUACAAUGUCAAGUUCAAUGAGAGAAUCCUCCCAUAUUUCUCUCCGUCUAUAAACAUUAAUGGCAGUAACCCUGGAGCCCUGUGCAUCUGCCCAGUUAGGCCAUCUAUAACUGUGUCUUGCUAAACGAAGAUGCCUAGUUUUGUUGUGGUGGUGUCAGCAGCAGUAAUGCCAUCUUAGCCAAGGUUUUAUGUGAUCCCAAUAAAGGUGUGUACAGCAGGUAUGGGAAUUCUGACACAAAUAUCAGACAGUUAACAAAAAUGACAUUCAAUUAGAUCCCAUCAAUAAACAAAUAAAGCAGAUCAUGCUACAUGUGUUCUAAUCGGCCGGAGAGGGAAAAGACUGACCCCUCUGUAUCUGUGAGCAAUUAUCAGACCACUCUUACUGUCCUGAGCCCUCCGCUUGGCAACCUUGGGAUACCUGGCCGUCCCUCUCCUGCCGAGUCACUCACCCUCGUCACGUCACCCAUGUGCUCUGAUCCCCAUGUGGUAGAGCGAGACUCCCACAGUGGUUGGGACAGUAGUCUGAGUCUUGCUUUUCUGUGCAGUUAUAGUGUCGGAAGGACCGGAAGUUAUUUACAUUUUUGCACUUAGGUUGCUGGUAUUUUCUAGAUUGUUGAGGUACUUGUCUCUUAAUUGUACAGCUGUGGUUAUGACAAUGCUGCGUUGUUCAUUGCCACUUUUGUUAAGAUGUGUUACUGACGUUUUCUUGAAUCUGUUUUGUUCUUGAUCAUGUGGCCUUGAUAUACCAAUAAGAGCAGCUGCCACUUGAGUAAAUAUAAAU